CGCACAAGAUGGCGGCGCGGGGCGGCGGGCGGUGAGCGAGGGGCGGCGGCGGCCGCGGGCCGACAUGACCUACACGGCCGAGCAGCUGGACGGGGUGCGGCGGAUCAAGCGGUGCCGGGAUUACUACGAGAUCCUGGGGGUGAGCCGGGACGCCGGCGAGGAGGAGCUGAAGCGGGCGUACCGCAGGCUGGCCCUCAAGUUCCACCCCGACAAGAACCGUGCGCCCGGAGCCACCGAGGCCUUCAAAGCAAUAGGCAAUGCAUUUGCAGUUCUGAGCAACCCUGAGAAACGGCUCCGCUACGAUGAACUCGGGAGGGACCACGAGCACGUCAGCACUGGCCAGGCCAGGCACUACAAUUACUACACUGAAUUCGAAGCAGACAUCACACCGGAAGAAAUAUUCAAUGUGUUUUUUGGUGGGCACUUCCCUACAGGGAACAUCCACAUGUUCUCCAGUGUAGGCAGAGAUGCUCACUAUUACCCACGGAGGCACCGGGCCGAGAGGGCGUGGACACAGGAGCCAGAGGAGGAGGAACACAGGCCACAGAAUUCAUACUCUGCAUUUAUCCAGCUGAUGCCAGUUUUCAUCAUCAUAAUAGUGUCAGUUAUAACCCAGCUGAUGGCCACCAAUCCACCCUACAGCUUAUUCUACAAAUCGUCCAUAGGCCACGUUGUCAGCAGAGAAACAGAGAACUUGCAGGUGCCUUACUAUGUUGAUAAAAACUUUGAAAAGAAUUAUCAAGGAGCAGAACUUCAAGAGCUGGAGAAAACAGUUGAGAAAGAUUACAUAGACUAUAUUCAGACCAGCUGCUGGAAGGAGAAACAGCAAAAGUCUGAUUUGUCAAAUUUGGCCAAGCUCUACAGAGACGAGCGGUUAAAACAGAAAGCAGAGUCCCUGAAACUCGAGCACUGUGAGAAGCUCUCCAGUCUGAUUGGGAUGCAUAAAGGGGGCUGACCAGGACGCACACGUUCUAUACUUCUAUUUAUUGCUAUUUUAACUUCUGUUUUUAUUUUCCUCCAUGUGAAAAGGGAAGGAGUCUGUUGUAGAGCCUGGAUAUUGGAGUCCCUCUGCAGGCAGUGCAGAAGGGGCCAGCACGAGCUGCAGGGCUGCUGUUUGCUGUAAUAUAUCCUGUACAUUAGAUUUGGUUCCAAGGACCAGUGGCACUUUGCAAAUCCGUUCCCCAGGAGAUGCUCUGAAUUUGGACCCCGUCUGCAUGGGUGGGUUGUCUGCCAUCCAGGCUGUGUGUGCUUCCCAGGAGAGCAGGCUCCUCUCGGCUUCCCCUGGAUCUGCAGCUCCUGUCCCUCCAGGCUGUGCCGCAGAACCGGGGUGGUUCCAGUGCACGAGGAACGGUCCCUGCCUGAGGGGAGCCCCUGAGCGCGUUCCCAGCUCUCCCGCUGUCCCAGUGUCCCUGCUGCUCCAAGGAGGGCUGUGCCCAUCCUGACACCGACACGGGAGUCUGGGAAUUGCACCCAUUCCAGUGUCUGCCAGACCUGGGGCCAUUCCCUCGUCUGUUUCCAGUGGCAUAUUUUGAAGCUGGCUAUUCCAUUCUGGUUUUUAUCUGCACACCCCCCCCAGCUCUCACAGAGUCCUGCAUUUUCUAGUACAGUUCUCAUGUAGCAUAUUUCUACUCUGUUGAGCAGCUAUGAAUGUUUCACUGUAGACAUGAUAUUGCAAAGAAAAAGAUCCAUGUGGCAAUGUCCUGUUUUUUCUUGAUCCUUCUUCACACAGCCAGGCCUUGAAGGGCAGGUUGGUGCUGGGUUGUCCUCGUGAGCAGCAGACCAGUGUUAGACCAGUGUUGCUCCAGCUGAGCGCCGUGAAGCUCCCGAGGCAGUCUGGUGUGUGCCCUGCGUGGAAUGAGCUGCUCUUCCAGGGAAUUCCUGCCUGGGGUGGGGGCUCACAGAGCAGCACUGCUCCCCUCUGACCCUGGCCAUGGGAGCCAGUGACCCCUGAGCAAGGCUCUGCUAUUGCCACAUGCCUGAAACUCGAGUGACACAGGAUGCACAGGUGGCCUUGGCUGAAACCUAGGGAGCAAAUGCUCAAAAGCUUGGGAAAUGCCAGGAUUAAACCUGCCUUUAAAGCUCAGACUGUCCGUGUGAUGGGCACUGGUGCAGUGGUGUGGGAGUCCCACUGGAUGGAACUGGGAAUGUUGGUACCAUAGUGUGUCUCCUCCAUGUCCCUGUCCCAUCCAUACAGCCCUGGAAGGUGUGGCAGGAAAGGAAUCUGGAAAAAAAACUUUUUCUGGGAUCUGCAUGAGGAUUAGGGUUUGGUUUGAGCCCUGGUGCUUCUGCACAUGAGCACUAAACAUCCCAGCUGGGAGGAGAAUAUUCCAGAUACAGCAACAGUGCUGUGGUGGGAUUGUCAUAAAAGGGGGGGAAAUGACAUAGUGACUCUCUAAAUUGCAUUUUUAUGCCCCAUUUGUAGGAAACCUUGUAGGAACAUGAGGAAGUUGAGUAGAAUUUUUGGGGUACCUGGCACAGGAAGAACAUUUUUGAAGGGCUUGGUGUGGAGCAUUCCUAGUGCCAAAGUUUAAGUGCAAGAAUGGGUCAUGAUUCCAGGCUGGUGGCUGGCAGAGCAGGCAGCCUUAAUUCUGGUAUUUCCCACUUUUGAGCACAUGAGUGUACAAAAAGAGAAAAUAAUGUUGCUUUUUAUAUAUUAAAUAGCUUGUAGAAUAUAUUAGAAAUCAAUUUUAGUGGUUGGACUUUGUUUCAGGGUUCGGAUCUUCCCUGUCAUUCCUGUGUGACUGUAGAGGGAUACAGGUAGGGAGACCAAAUCCAGCGACUUCCUGGACUCACAGUGUCCUGCACGGAGCUUAAACUCCUCCAUAGCACUUUGCACUGAAACCAGAUUGUACCUUUCAUCCAAAGAUCUCGAGUACUUGAUGGAGACCUCCUGUGGGAAGCACAGUCAGCUAGGAGGUGCAGGAGGGAGGUAAAAACAUCCCCCAAAGCAAUAAGUGAUUUGUUCCUAACCAGGGUCAGGGUGCUGUGAGGGAGGGCGCGUGGCUCGGGACCUCUGCAGUGACAAACGGGACAAGUUGUGUUUGUCCGGUGCUCCGCAGGAAGAAGGAGAAUCCUCUCUGGAGCCCCCGAUGUGGAAAUGCAUCGCGGUCCUUCUGCAAAGGGUACUUGGGAUUCUUCUUUGUGGGGCUCUUGACGGGAGGAGAGGGUGUUCUGGGUGCACCAAGCGCUUGAACAUGGGUUUGUGUGUGUAUAUAUAUUUAUUUAUUUUUAAAUUAAAGACGUGACAUCGC